UAUACACAAGUUAAAAAAAAUGAGUCUCUUCCCUCUCUCUAUUAUGAAAGGCUCUCAAUUUCAUCAUCAACCCAAACCCAUGAACGCAUCACUAUCGUCGGAUGAAAGAGGCAAACGGAUCCUCAUCGAUCCUGACCGGAUCAGCAAACUCCCAGACGAUGUGUUGGUCAGGAUCCUAGCGACUAUGAGCACAGAAGAUGUCGUCAAGACAAGUGCGUUGUCUAAACGUUGGAAGAGUGUAUGGAAGCAGGUGCCUUUCCUCCACUUCAAUAUGCUAAUUGAUAUGAACAAGAUGCAACCUCUGGCUCCGGAAUCUAUAACCCAGGUUAUAAACCGUCACAAUGGUCAUCUGGAGGGCUGCUCAAUCAUUCAUUACGCCCACCUGUUUAAAGACAAUGUGCUGGAAACUUGGAUCCGAUUACUUACUCUUGAGAAACAAACCAAAGCUAUCUCACUUUCAAACCAUCAUGGAAACGGUACGGGAACCAAUCCGCUUCAGUUGUCUCCAAACAUAUUCUCCCAUCCAAGGCUCAAAACACUGUUCUUAUAUCGAUACGAUUUAAAAACUGCAAAUGCCUUCAACAACUGCUACAAUCUCAAGGUUCUCAAAUUUGAGAAAAUCUUUGCUGAGGUUGAUGUGUUCAACAAAAUUAUUGCAUCGUGCCCUUCUCUCAAGGUUUUGGUGCUACACCAUGUCAUGUGGCUCAAAAAAAAGGCUUGCUUGAAGAUUCGCAACAACAACCUUAAGCACUUGCAUGUGUCUUGCAUUGAUGUUGAUUGCAUUGAGGUGUAUGCGCUUCUUCUAGAUAUCUUCUCGAUUUAUUGUAUUCGUUUUCCUAAGGGAUCUAACUUCGUCAUCAAGGCCCCAAGACUUUUGUUCAAUAAUGGCGCUAUAGACUUGGAGGGAUUCAACAUGCAGUACAACAUUUCACGUCAAGCUCAGGAGAGAGAAUACAUUGGGCAUGAGUUCGUGGUGAGUAGAGAUGCUAACUAUUUGCAGCGGCUUAGAUCUUUGGCGGUGUUCGUGGAUGUAAUGAAUUCGAAACAAGUUGAGCUGCUUCGGCAGAUAUUGGUAGCAUGGAAUGGAGUACUCCGUGAGCUCCAUGUUUUAUUUGAGGAUACCAAUGUUUCCAAGGAAGAAGGUGAAUCUUCCAUUUGUGGAAUACAAAAUAAAAAGUGGGAGGAGGGAAAAGUGUUUCCCAAUGCUGAUUUCCGUGUGAAAUCUGUGUGGAUGUAUAAUUUCAGCGCUUCGAAUAAAGCUCACUUUGCAUUAGCUUCACAUUUUAUAACGCAAGGGACUGUAAUGAAGGAGUUGAUGAUCAUGACAUCUUUGGUUCCUGCAAACGAGAAGUUAGCUAAAGAAGCGGCAGUCGCCAAACUAAGGAAGCUUCCAAAGGGUAACGAGAUGCUUCGAAUUAAAUGCUUCUGA